AUGUUGGACGUCAUCUCAACAGAGCCACAGCGCUACAUUCCCAUGUUUGGGCUCAGCGGACUCGGCUUCCAGCUUCAGGGAGUGCUGCAUCAAAGCCCUUUCAAGGCCUCAUCGUCCCUAUUCUCCGCCAACACCUCGAGCACGCCCACCUCAGAUUCUGGUCUAGCAACGCCCACGCUCUCCCCCUCUCCGGCCUCUGACUCCACAUCUGAGAUCCUCGAUUUGGACAAUGGAGUUCCACGCUUUGCGGCCUACGCAAUGAGGCUCAAGACAGUCAUUCUGGCGUCGAGUAGAUACGUAGCCUACUCCAGUGACAUCGGAGAAGCGUUUCGACCCUUGACGCGUCCCGAAGUGGUCAGAGGCGCUUACGCCAUUUCGUGGACGUACAUCAUUGGCGACGUGCUCUACGCCGGAUACAAGGCGGCCAAGCAGUACGAGGCGCUGGCUUCGACCACAUUCUCGUCCGCCAAGGGGCCAUUGCAGGAGUUCGAGACGGAAGCAGCCAAGUAUGCCAACAGCGCUCUGAAGUCGGUGAAGGAGAACUUGCCUCUGGAGAAGGUGCUUGAUCCAAAGACGCUGGCUGCGCUUUCGCCUUCCGAAAAGGUGGAGCUCAAGAAGCGACACACGCAGCGUCUGGCCGAGCAGGGUCACCACGCCGGGGUCGACCCGAGCAAGAUUUCGGAGACGACACACGUCGGGCUGACGGUGGCGAGACAGGCCGUGUUCCAGAGCAUCGCUUCGAUGGCACUGCCGGCGUUUACGAUUCACAGCAUCGUGCGCUACUCGGCCCCGGUGUUUGCAAAGGCGAAAAGUCAGAGGAUCCGCGCUGCAGGCCCCACGGUGGCAGGGCUGAUGUUUGUGCCCGCCCUGCCGUUCCUGUUCGACAAACCGGUCGAGCAUGUGAUCGACUUUGCCUUUGACUGGAUUCAGGAGAGAAUCGUCGGUGGACCUCAAGCGGCGCACAAGGUGGUCGAAGCGGCCAAGGAAAAGAUGCUGUAG